AUGUUUGUGAUUCCACUGAACUUGUCAGACAAUCGAAAUGUGAGAUACUCGGAUUUUCGUGGAGGGGAAGUCAAACGAGUGCCUGUGAUCAGGAUUUUCGGAUCAACUCCUGUUGGACAGAAAGUGUGCCUUCAUAUACACGGUGUGCUUCCGUACUUGCAUGUUCCGUAUGAUGAUUGCACAAGGGCUAAGGAAGUAUGUGUUCCAUUUGCUGCAAGUUUGAACAAAGCCCUGAAUGCGUCGAUGGGAAAUGCGGAUUCAACAAAUCAGCACAUUCAUUUGGUGGAGUUGGUUUACGGUACACCUUUCUAUGGAUAUCAUGAUGAAAGUUGCCUGUUCCUGCGGGUGGUUUAUUACAACCCAGCGUUGCUUAAUAGGAUCUCUCAAUUGUUGCUAAAUGGAGCCGUACUUGGAAAACCAUUUCAACCGCAUGACGCUCACAUUCCGUUCAUUCUCCAGUUCUUCAUCGAUUAUAAUCUGUACGGGAUGAACCAGAUUCGCCUGUCUUCCGUAAGAUACAGAAGAUCAGGUGAAACUGCUCAUACUCCACGCUCAAACGCAUCCGGUACUCCGAAGCUGAAUCAAAGCCGAGCGGAUGGUUUUGUUUAUCCAGAGACAUUACCCGAUUACCUUCUGAUGCCAGCUGAGUGUGGGAAAAUCAGUACAUGCGCACUUGAAGUAGAUGCAAGUUCUUCAAAUAUUUUGAACCACCGCGUCACGAAUUCUGGGCAAGAUCCUUCGGGAAAUCCUGGAAUAGCAUUUAUUUGGGCUGACGAAAAAGCAAGACGAUCAGCUGUGAAAAAGGAGGAUCGUUUGACUCCUCCUGGUUCUCCUUCGAUAUCGCAAGUCCCGCUUCCAGAGUCGCAUUUGUUCUACUAUGAUAGGUUGAAGACAGAGCUUGAGAAGCAUGACGUUAAUAGCGAGUCUCGACUGAAUCCCUCGAAUACUACUUCGGGCAAUACACUCGGCGAAGAGUAUAAAUUGGUGAAGCAAGUUGAUUCAUUUUCUGUUGAGCCGAUCGAAGAUUUGUUCCAUCUGACGCCAUCUGACUUGAGCCUUGUGAAUAUUUUGGCACAUUUGGGGGAUGAUCCUGAUUCGCAGAAAGAAGUAGCUGAAAAAUUGAUUCUUGAAGAAGAACUUGAAAGCUUAUCGCAGCGUCUCGAAUGUGAUGAAGGUGCUGUAAUCGAGGCCGUCACAAAACAGUCGCCGGAAGAAGAAGAAUUAGCGGAGAUAGAAGCGCUUGAAAUGAGCCAAGCUUGGGACACUGAUUUUAUCUCUUCGUUGAAUCAAGAUUUGAACCGGUCGAGUGGAAGUGAUAUUCGAGGAGAGAAGACGUCUGAAUUCUCUGACAGAAUCGAGCAGAUGGAUGGUUCAGUGAAUGAACCUGAACCGUCGAAGUUAUAUGAACGACGACCGCAGCGCAAACGCAUUUUGCAUCGAAAAUCCCGUCCUAAACUUUCACGACUUAUUCGUCCGUGCUUCGUCCGACUUAGAAAAUUAGAAAACCAGGAAGAUAUGCGGAAAGUAUGCCAAAUUCAUGGCCUAAACUUUUCGCGAUAUUGCGAGGAACAUGUAGAAGAAGAGUUCCGUAAUAAGAGCGACCUCAAAAGGAUAAAUUUUAUGGUCGACUGCUAUGUCGUUCUUGAUAAAUUGAAAAUACCCGAAGGUGUGAAUGAUAUUGAGAGUCCUCAGUCGAGUCGCAGCUCCUUUGAUGAACUUCGAGAGUCCGCCAAAAUUAACGAGCAAAAUAUCGACAUGAAAAGUGUAGAUGCUGAACAUGACGUGCCGCAAACGAUCAAAAUGGCAGAACCCUUACAGGAAUCAACUGAAGAAGCGAGUCGAUUGGGAGAUGAAUCUGAGAGCUACGAGAUAGGAUCGUUUGAAGAUGAAGCAGAUGACGACAUCGUGAAUUGUAGUCAGACGUUUGUGAGACCGAAAUUGUGGCCAUUGCGACGACGCGAUUCUCACAUUGUUAGUUUUUAUGAUUUCAAAUCUCCUGUGGCUACGUCUGUUCCCCGUGCAACAUUUUCAUCCUCCACCGAAAAAAAUAUUGAAGAUGAGGAGGAAAAAUCAGUAACUUGUGAAUCUGUACCUUCCUCUCCUUCUGAAAUUCCCACUGAAAAUGAGAAUUCAACUGUUUGCGCUGGACAAACGCCGCGAAGAAACUCUCCUACCGGACCGCCCAACUUACAUUCUUUUGCGUCGGGAAACUACUGUGCAAAUAAUAUUUGGCCAUCAAAUGUUUCUGCUACAAACCACUCAAUUUUGCGACCAUUCGCAAGACCUCCUGAUCGGAAGAAGUUUCGGAGCUUUGUCCGGAACCAGCAACCCUUUUGGAGCCGUUAUGAAGAUUAUCAGGAAGCUGGAGAAGGAAAAAAGGGAAAGCUUGGGGUUGGAGACUUGUGUCAUGUGACAUGCGUUUCCACAUCGAACAUGGAGCCAUUCAACGGAAGUUCUGAGGCUCUCCAAGAAACGAGGAUGCAGUUGUAUGUGAAGCGUGAGCUGAUCAAUGAAACUUGCCUGAAAGCCCUGUCAGGAGAUUGGUGGCUGAUGACCACCCAAGUUCCGGGAAAAGUCUUCCUCACCCCAGUUCGCCAGCCUCCGAAAAGGAGCUCCUUCCUGAAAGCGAGAGAAGCUUUGACAGGAGAUACGCCAAAACCAAUUACUUCAACUCCCUUCGGUAAAACUCAGAGUAAUGAGAACAAAACGCCGUUGAGUCGUUCUGGAAUUCCCGCGAUCACCCCGAUUCCUCCAAAGGACACCGAGAAGCGCGUUUGUCGCCGCGAAUUGAUAAAAAAGAGAACUUCACAAAUAUCUGGAACAACCCCGGACAAGACAUUUGUCUAUAAGGUGAAUCACGGGUGCUUAGAAGAGGUGAAAGCUGAGAUUGAACCAGAUUACCUAACAAUCGUGAGCCUGGAAGUGUUAACCUCUGCCCGUGGGAAUUUGACCCCUGAUCCAACAUACGAUUCAAUCGGGGCGGCAUUUUAUUACAUAUCUCAUGACGUAAUGCCAUCUUCGGACAUUGCUAGCGGCAAGCAGAAUGUGUUGGGCGUUUUUGUGGUUACCGAAGGCGAGGAGUUUGAGUGGGAAUUGAAAAAUUUGUGUUCCAUUCGUGGCAUUAGGCUCGGUUUCGUCCGGAGUGAAAUGGAGCUCCUGAAUGCGAUUGUAGAUCUGGUGCAAAUCUGGGACCCCGAUAUACUUCUCGGAUUCGAAGUGCAGCAGUUAUCCUGGGGUUACUUGAUUGAGCGAGCGGAUGCGCUUGGUUUCGUUUUGCCGCCAAAGCUGAGUCGGGUUCCAUCAGAAGAAAAGACAAGUCACGCCAAUGAAGACCUGGAUCCGUAUGGGUCUGCACACACAUCGGAGAUACAUCUUUGUGGUCGUAUCACGCUGAAUGUGUGGCGUCUUUUCCGUCAUGAGAUCGCUCUCACCAGCUACACAUUUGAAAAUUUGUACUUCCACGUCCUACACGAACGGUUGCCUAGAUUUAGCUUCGGGACCUUGUACGAGUGGUGGAACGGUGGGAAGCGCGAGACAGUUUUGAGGUAUUUCGUGAAACGCGUUGAAGGGAAUUGGAGUCUUCUGGAGAAGAUGGAUCUUAUUGGACGAACAUGCGAAUUGGCGCGUUUGUUCGGUAUUCAGUUCUACGAGGUUUUAUCUCGCGGCUCGCAAUUCAGAGUGGAGUCUAUGAUGCUGCGUUUGGCGAAGCCUGCGAAUUACGUGCCUGUGUCGCCUUCGGUCGAACAAAGAGCGCAUAUGCGAGCUCCGGAAUGUAUCCCGUUGAUUAUGGAGCCGGAGUCGACUUUGUAUGUUGAUCCGGUCGUCGUGCUGGAUUUUCAGAGCUUGUAUCCUUCAAUUGUGAUUGCCUACAACUACUGCUUUUCAACCUGCUUGGGACGCAGCGAAUUCAUCGGACAAAUUCACCCGUUCAAGUUCGGCUGCACGACGUUACGAGUUCCGGCCGAGGUGAUUUCCAAAGUUGGGCUCGAAAACAUAACCAUUUCUCCCUGUGGAGUCGCAUUUGUGAAAGCUGAUGUGCGCCGAGGAAUUUUGCCGCAAAUGCUGGAGGAAAUCCUGACGACUAGAAUCAUGGUUAAGCAGUCGAUGAAGCUGCAUUCUGGUGACAGAGCUUUGCAGAAAGUUUUGGACGCUCGACAGCUCGGCUUGAAGUUGAUCGCAAAUGUAACGUACGGUUACACAUCUGCCAAUUUUUCCGGUCGAAUGCCAUGUGUUGAGAUUGGUGACAGUAUUGUUAGCAAAGGACGAGAGACGCUGGAGAAAGCAAUUCAGAUGGUGCAUUCGAAUCCCGACUGGGGAGCGAAAGUUGUGUAUGGUGACACUGAUUCCAUGUUUGUGCUGUUGCCUGGUCGCGAUAAAGAAGCCGCUUUCAGAAUUGGCCAUGAAAUUGCUGCUGCUGUAACAAAAGUCAACCCGAAGCCGGUGAAACUAAAGUUUGAGAAGGUGUACUAUCCCUGCAUUCUUCAGACCAAGAAGCGUUACGUUGGUUACAAAUAUGAAACGCUGGAGCAAAAAAGCCCAGAAUACGAAGCCAAGGGCAUUGAAACCGUGCGAAGAGAUGGAGUACCAGCUGUGUGCAAAAUCUUGGAGAAAACUUUGCGUCUUUUGUUUGAAACUCGAGACAUUUCCGUUGUGAAGCGAUACAUUCAAGCCCAGUUGUCGAAAAUUCUCCUCGGUCGAGUCAACUUUCGGGAUUUCACGUUCGCCAAGGAAUUCCGCGGUAUGACUGGUUACAAACCCGGUGCGUGUGUGCCUGCUUUGGAAUUGGCCAAGAAACGGGCCAUUGUUGACCCGAGGUCGGUGCCGAGAGUCGGUGACAGAGUGCCGUAUGUUGUUGUUUACGGUCCACCGGGUGUUACCCUGAUCCAGCUGGUGAGGGAGCCUGGGGAAGUACUUAAAGAUCAGACUCUGCGGUUGAAUGGACAGUACUACAUUACCAAGGUGAUCCUGCCUCCGCUGGAAAGGUGCCUGAACAUGAUGCGUGGCGUCAACGUGAUGAACUGGUACACUAGUUUGCCGAAAUUGUACCGACCGUGGUGCCACGGUGUCCCAGAGGGCGUUUCUGGUCCUGGUGCUAGUACCAUCACUCAAUUUUUUGUGACGACUGCGUGUCCAGUGUGUGACAAGCCGAAUGCUGCUCUUGGAGGAGAAAUCAGUCUCUGCAGUCAAUGUUGCGCUGAUCCGCAAGCCUCAACAAUGAAGUUGCUCAACAAGUCCAAAUACGCGCAGAAGAGAUUCCACGAUUUGAACCAGAUUUGCAAAACUUGCUGUGGACUCAUCACUGAUGACAUUCGAUGCGCAUCAUUGGAUUGCCCCUUGCUUCAUUUCCGGGAAUUGUGGAAGAAGGACCAGGCACAACUGUGCUCCAUUGCUCCAAUUUUGCAGUCCUUCAAUUUCUGAAUGUGUGAGAAUCUGUGAUUGCGAGAAACCAAAGCUGGUGAUUAUUUGUACGCGUCUGAAUUGUGAGAGUUUUAAUGAAGAUAUUCUGGUGUUUCUUGAUACAAGGAAUGAAUUACGUCAUGUGGGAAACAAC